CGGGGCGUGGCUUGAGCAGCAGAGGGGAAGGCAGAGCUUGGGUUGCUGGCAGUGCGGUCUGGGAGGCGGCCGAGGCUGCGUCGCUGUCCUUGGUGCUGAAGGCGCCACUGAGUUUCCCAUUGGGAGCUGGAGCUGCCCGUGGUGCUGAACGCGGCAUUGGGUCUUAUGGGGAGCUGUCCUGGGUCCUGAAGGCGACACUGAUUCCUAUAGGGAGCUGUCUUUGGUGCUGAAGGCGCCACUGGGUCUCCCAUUGGGAUCUGGAGCUGCCCGUGGUGCUGAAGGCGACACUGUUUCCUAUAGGGAGCUGUCCUUGGUGCUGAAGGCGCCACUCAUCCUCCCAUUGGGAUCUGGAGCUGCCCGUGGUGCUGAAGGCGACACUGUUUCCUAUAGAGAGCUGUCCUUAGUACUGAAGGAGACACACAGUUCCUCGCAGAGAGCUGCCCACGGUGCUGAAGGCAGUUCCCAUAGGGUGCUGAAAAACCUGCUGCUUCUCUCUCCCCAUCCUCGGCUUUUUCUCCUCCUCUUCCUCGCCCUCCUCCCAUGGAAGAGAUGGAAGAGGAGCUCAAGUGCCCCGUCUGUGGCUCCUUCUACCGGGAGCCGCUCAUCCUGCCCUGUUCGCACAACCUCUGCCAGGCCUGCGCCAGGAACAUCCUGGUCCAGACGCCGGAGGCCGAAUCCCCGCAGAGCCGCCGCCGCCGCGCUUCCGGCUCGGCCUCCACCGCCUCGGGCGACUAUGACUACCUGGACCUGGACAAGAUGAGCCUCUACAGCGAGGCCGACAGCGGCUACGGCUCCUACGGGGGCUUCGCCAGCGCCCCGCCAACCCCUUGCCAGAAGUCGCCUAACGGCGUGAGGGUCUUCCCGCCCACGUUGCCGCCACAACCGCCGGGUUCGGGAGCCACAGGGGCUUCAUCGUCGUCGUCGUCCUCGCACCUUCACCCUCCGGGCUCAUCGCUGGCCCCGGUGCCCCGCAACGCCUGCCUGACUUGCCCGCAGUGCCACCGCAGCCUCAUCCUGGACGAGCGGGGCCUGCGGGGCUUCCCGAAGAACCGGGUGCUGGAAGGCGUCAUCGACCGCUACCAGCAGAGCAAGGCGGCCGCCCUGCGGUGCCAGCUGUGCGAGAAGGCGCCCAAGGAGGCCACCGUGAUGUGCGAGCAGUGCGACGUCUUCUACUGCGACCCCUGCCGCCUGCGCUGCCACCCACCCCGGGGCCCUUUGGCCAAGCACCGGCUCCUGCCCCCGGCCCAAGGCAGGGUCAGCCGCCGGCUCAGCCCACGCAAGAUCUCCACCUGCACCGACCACGAGCUGGAGAACCACAGCAUGUACUGCGUCCAGUGCAAGGUGCCCGUCUGCUACCAGUGCCUGGAGGAGGGCAAGCACAACAACCACGAGGUCAAGGCCCUGGGUGCCAUGUGGAAGCUACACAAGAGCCAGCUCUCUCAAGCCCUGAACGGCCUCUCCGACCGAGCCAAGGAAGCCAAAGAAUUCCUGGUGCAGCUACGGAAUAUGGUGCAGCAGAUCCAGGAGAAUAGCGUGGAGUUUGAGGCCUGCCUUGUUGCUCAGUGCGAUGCGUUGAUCGAUGCUCUCAACAGGAGGAAAGCCCAGCUGCUCUCCCGGGUCAACAAGGAACACGAGCACAAGCUGAAGGUGGUGCGAGACCAGAUCUCUCACUGCACCGUCAAGCUGCGCCAAACCACCGGCCUCAUGGAGUACUGCCUGGAAGUCAUCAAGGAGAACGACCCCAGUGGAUUCUUACAGAUUUCCGAUGCGCUGAUCCGGAGGGUCCACCUGACCGAGGACCAGUGGGGCAAAGGGACGCUUUCCCCCCGGAUGACCACCGACUUUGACCUGAACCUGGACAACGCCCCGUUGCUGCAGUCCAUACACCAGCUUGACUUUGUACAGAUGAAAACUUCCUCCCCAGUGCCGGCCGCUCCGUUCCUCCAGCUGGAGGAGUGCUGCACCCACAACAACAGCGCUACCUUGUCCUGGAAGCAGCCACCACUCUCCGCAGUGCAAGCAGAGGGAUACAUUCUGGAGCUGGACGAUGGGAAUGGCGGUCAGUUCAGGGAGGUGUAUGUCGGGAAGGAAACCAUGUGCACCGUGGACGGCCUCCACUUCAACAGUACCUACAGCGCCCGGGUCAAGGCCUUCAACAAAAGCGGGGUCAGUCCUUACAGCAAGACGUUGGUCCUGCAGACCUCUGAAGACUCGGAGCCCGAGGAGCAGGCCCUGACUUUCCCUGUGCCUUUGGAAAGAUUGCAGCUGCGUAGAUCCACCCCUUUCUCUUCGACCCUUAACCUGCAAAACAGCUUCCCGGGGAGAUCCUACUUUGAGCUCAGGAACUCGUCCCACCACCAAAUGACCUUGCAUUCCUCUUUGCAAUCCCUGAAUUCGGCUGGUUAUGAGACUCAGUCGGGACCUUUCUCCCAAAUAGUUGACAUUAAAAAGCUGGUCGCAGUGGCCUGGUUUUCCUUCGACCCCAGCACAGCUCAUUCGGACAUCAUCUUCUCCAACGACAACCUGACCGUCACCUGCAACAGCUACGACGACCGGGUGGUGCUGGGCAAAACGGGCUUCUCCAAAGGGCUCCACUAUUGGGAGCUGUCCAUCGACCGCUACGACAACCACCCGGACCCGGCCUUCGGGGUGGCCCGGAUGGAUGUCCUCAAGGACGUCAUGCUGGGGAAGGACGACAAGGCCUGGGCCAUGUACGUGGACAACAACCGCAGCUGGUUCAUGCACAACAAUUCACACACCAACAGGACCGAAGGCGGCAUCACCAAAGGAGCGACGGUCGGCGUCUUGCUGGACUUGAACAGGAGGACGGUGACGUUCUCCAUCAAUGAAGACCAGCAGGGACCGGUGGCCUUUGAGAACCUGGAAGGCGUCUUCUUCCCUGCCGUGAGCCUGAACAGAAAUGUUCAAGUGACGCUCCACACUGGUUUGCCCGUCCCAGAUUUCUACAACGCGCGGGGCUCCAUGCAGUGAAGUGCGACCACCUGCCCUGUGGCUUUUUCUCAGGACACACCGAGAGAGCCGCGUUUUGGGUUUUCUCAAGGAACAGACCUCAUCGGAGCAAGGAGGGGAAGAUCUGGCUGUGUGGAAACUCUGGGUUCGCAAAAAAUAAAACAAAAGAACCCAAUUUUUGAAGGAACAAAAUAGAAAAAGGGGGUAGCAUCCAGACACAGAAGUUCCCUUUUGGCCUCUCCGAACCCCAUGUGCUUUGUGCCUGUGUGGCUGUGUGUUUUGCGCUGCUUGUUGUUCCCUCUUUUUGGCCGACUGCAAGAAAGCCCCCGAUCAAAAUGUCAACUCUUUCGGGUCUAAGUCCAUUUGGGAUUCCCGUCUGAAAUGGGACCUGGAUUUCCAUGAUGAACGGCAAAAUCCUUAGAAAGCCAAGACCAAAACUGUCGGUGUUGGGGGGGGGGGGGGGAUAUGGGUCUGCUUCCAUUUUGGAAUCCCUUCCAAAAAUGGGAACUCAAUAUCCAUGAUGCAAUGUCCUUGAAUCAUUCAAAUACCCCGACUUGAAGGAUUCAUCAUUCUCAAAACCAGAAUUCAGAAAAUGACCGUCCAGCAAGAAACGGUUGACUUUCUGUCCGCUGUUUCCCUUCUUGUGGCCUUUCUUGCUGAAUUAUACAGCAUCAGAAACAUUGGCCUUGGAUUACCACUUACUCUACAUACAAAGCCAUGUGGAAUGAACCAAGUGACAUCAGAUUUUUCUUUUAAUUUUUCAUGUUUUUCCCUCGUCAAAGCAGAAAUGUGGGUCCAAAGGGUUAUGGGAUUUGGGGCCAUGAAAGGGACGUUGGUUCUUUUUUCCUCCUUGGAGACAGGAGACCUGACUAUGACACAUUCUUGCUACAGAGUAUUGCUUUCCAUUUCCAUACUUUUUAACAAAUGGGGCAUUUUUCGGUGACGGAAGAUCUCAUGGUGCUUCAUCAACAGAAGAUCAACUCUGGAAAAUGAUGGCAUUUAUGAGAAACUAUUGGUUCAUGCUUCCUUUGAGCUCUACAUCUUUAGGUUGGAAGGAAUGGAGCCACCAUGUUUGUCCUUCAUGUUUCUGCUGCUUUCGCAUUUGAGAUGGUCUUUAUUUUUAUCUUGAAUAACAAAUGAUGCACACAGGUUGUGGCAGCAGGGAGUCCCAAAGGCUAACCCUUUUCUCUUCGUGCCCCAAGAGUCCAAAAAGUCCAGGAAUAAAUGGUUUUGAGUGGAAGAAGAUAGCAACAAAAAAGUAGGGAAGAGUAGAGUAUGGAAAAGCAAUUUUGUUGGACUACAACUCCCAGAAUCCUCAACCAAUCUGAGGAUGUAGUCCAAUAAUUUCUCUAGCUCAGAAGAAGGAGACUUAUGGUACUGUAUGUAGAACAUAAGGGGUGACCACACUUUUCGCCACGAAUCAGAUUUGCGUUGAAACCGAAUUAAAUGGGAAAGUGAGAGAGUAUAUUUGAAGGCAGUGGCUCAUCGGGUGUUGGAGACAGUAACCCAAUUGUUAUAGAGAGAACUGAGUAGGGAGUACAAAAACUCAGCAGUGAGUGGGGAGGAGGGACUUCAGUAAGUAGCAAGGGAAAAUGGUCCAUGAUCUUAGGUGUCUCUACAUGAAAGCAAAGAGAAUGGCAAAUAAACAAGAUGAACUUGAACUUUUAAUACAGCCAAGCAAAUGUGAAAGGCAAGCAUCAUGGAAACCUGGUAGUAUGAGUCUCCCAAUCAUAAUUAGAAUGUAGUAAUAGAGAGGUAUAACCUAUUUCUGAGAAACAGACCAAACAGGAAAGGGGAAGGAGUAGCAUUACAGGUCAAACUUCCUGACAGUAAGAGCUGUUUGACCAUGGAAUACAUUGCCUGGGAGUCCGGUGGAAUCUCCUUCCUUCUCUGGAGGUUUAAAGGCAGGGGAUGGAUGGCCAUCUGUCAGGAACUUGGAACCUGGCAGAGGAGGGUGGCCUGAAUGGCCUUUGGUGUCCCUUCCAACUGUAGCAGUCUAUGAAAGAAGGGGAUUAUCUCCAAAGCAGCAGCGUAUUCCACUAUCAAAAAGCUCUUACUGCCACAGAAUUGUUCCUAAGAUCUAGGCAGAAGCUCUUUUCUUGCCAUUUGAAUCCAUUGUUUGCUCCAUUGUAUCCUGGUCUCUAGAGCAGCAGAAGACAGGCUUAUCCCCUCCUCAAUGGGACAUCCUUUCAAAUAUUGAAACAUGGCUCUUGUAAUCUAAAGUUCCCCAGCGCCCAAAGCCAAUCCUCAUGGGGCUUGGCUUCCAGACCUUUGAUCAUUUUGGUUUUACUUCUCUGGACACAAUCCAGCGUGUCCAUCUCCUUCUUGAAUUGUGGUGGCCACAACUGGACACAGGAUUAUUCCAGGUGAAGUACGACCAAAGCAGAAUAACGUGGGACUUUGGCUUCCCUUGAUCUAGAAUGACACUCAAUUAUUGAUGCAGCCUAGAAUCGCAUUGGCUUUGUAGCUCCUUCAUCAGGAGGUCUACAGAGCCUCUGGUCAGGUCAUCCUUUGGGGAUGGAAAUUGAAAGGGGCCAGACUGGGUUAUCAGAAAAACCCUAUAGGAACUCUUCUCCAGACCAGAAACUGGUGCAAGUACAAACAGUGAUGGAAAAUAAGUUAUAUUACACACAAGGACCUAUUACCUACUCUUACCCCCAAACAGAGUAGACCCAGUGGUUCAAUGGAAUGUACCUGUAUGUUGAACUAAUAUUCAGCAUGUGUUGUCGAAGACUUUCAUGGCCAGAAUCACAUGGUUGUUGUUUGUUUUCCAGGCUGCCAUGUUCCAGAAGUAUUUUCUUCUGACUUUUUGCCCACAUCUAUGGCAGGCAUCCUCAGAGGUUGUGAGAUGUAUGGAGAAACUAAGCUAGGAAGGUUUAUGUAUCUGUGGAAGGUCCAGGGCGGGGGAAAGAACUCUUUGUCUAUUGGAGGUCAGUGUGAAUAUUGUAAUUAAUCACCUUAAUUAGCAUUAAAUGGCCUUCCAACCUUCAUAUCCUGGCUUGGAUAUGAAGUCGUUAGCUGCCCCUGAUUGAUUCCUGUCUGGAAUCCUUCUGUUUUCAGCGUGUUGCUCUUUAUUUACUGUUCUGAUUUUGGAGGUUUUUUUUUUAAUAUUGGUAGCCAGAUUUUGUUCAUUUUCAUGAGGAUGCCUGCUAUAGAUGUGGGCGAAACGUCAGGAGAAAAUACUUCUGGAACAUGGCCAUACAGCCUGAAAAACACACAACAAUCUCAAUGUAAUUUUGGGCUACAUAUGGCCCCUGGAUGCCCCAAAUGCAGAUUAUGUGGCCUCCAGACUGUGCAGAGGAGCAGAAUUGUGGAACACCCAAACUGUUGUAUAGCUUGGGAGGAGAGCUUGGGCAAAGCAGAUCUGGAGGCCUUCCUACAGAAGCUAGAAAUUGGUCCAAGCAACCGUGUAACUGCUCAGUUGCCAAACUUAUGAACUUCAGUUUUUGGGUUCAUUUCACCCUACAUUUUUUUUGCAGAUUCUGUGGAACCGCCUUAAGUGGACAACUUAAGGGGUCAAGCUGAGGAUAUGUCUUUGAGUAUUUGAUACUGAGCAAGUUUCAAGUGGCAUGAUUCGGUGCUGACUGCACUCUGGUGCUUCUUACAUAUCUGUGAGGAAGGGAGGAUGUCUGUCUGUAACCGGUUUUAGAUGUCCUCGCAUUUCAACACCUCACGCUGUCAUGUUGCCUUCUUUAAAAGACCAUAGUUGACUGAUUUAGACUGAGAGGGCAGAAGUUGGUGUCCUGUUGGCGACAUAUGCGUGUAUAUAUCAUGCUACGCAUUUGGCCCAAAAUAUACACACAUAGAAUCAUAGAAUCAUAGAAUCAUAGAAUAGUAGAGUUGGAAGAGACCUCAUGGGCCAUCCAGUCCAACCCCCUCCCAAGAAGCAGGAAAUCACAUUCAAAGCACCCCCGACAGAUGGCCAUCCAGCCUCUGCUUAAAAGCCUCCAAAGAAGGAGCCUCCACCACACUCCGGGGCAGAGAGUUCCACUGCCGAACAGCCCUUUUCACAGUGAGGAAGUUCUUCCUGAUGUUCAGGUGGAAUCUCCUUUCCUGUAGUUUGAAGCCCUUGUUCCGCGUCCUAGUCUGCAGGGCAGCAGAAAACAAGCUUGCUCCCUCCUCCCUAUGACUUCACGUAUUUGUACAUGGCUAUCAUGUCUCCUCUCAGCCUUCUCUUCUGCAGGCUAAACAUACCCAGUUCUUUAAGCCGCUCCUCAUAGGGCUUGUUCUCCAGACCCUUGAUCAUUUUAGUUGCCCUCCUCUGGACGCUUUCCAGCUUGUCAACAAGUGCUCUGCUUGACGUGGGUGAAACGCCAGGAGAGAAUACUUCUAGAACAUGGCCAUACAGCUUGGAAAACAUACAACAACCUUGUGAUCCCGGCCAUGAAAGCCUUCGAGAACACAACUUCUUCACUGUGAGAGCUGUUCAGCAGUGGAACUCUCUGCCCCGGACUGUGGUGGAGGCUCCUUCUUUGGAGGCUUUUAAGCAGAGGCUGGAUGGCCAUCUGUCGGGGGUGCUUUGAAAGCAAUUUUCCUGCAUCUUUGCAGAAUGGGGUUGGACUGGAUGGCCUGUGGGGUCUCUUCCAACUCUACGAUUUUUUGGAGCUGCACCAUGGAAUACUCUUUGUCGACAACAGCGGGAGUGGAAUUGUGUGUAGAUCCAUGUUGCGCAGUGUGAAUGCAUGGCCUUUGACAUGCAUAGCACAUCAUUGGUAAUGCUGGAAUAAGCACAUCCCUGCUUAGGGAUACGUAUACUAUGCUGAUGUUGGACCAUGGACAAAGCCACACUGCAGUGAUGUGCUAGUAAAUAGAUAGUGAAAUGUACAGUGCACACAGUAUGUGAAACGUGCAAAGGCAACUCCUAUUCAACCUUUAACUAAAUAGAUGUUAUACUGUGGUCAAAAUCAUACAACCCCAGGCGCAAGGGAACAUGAGAUCCCUGUGCAUCUCAUGAUUCACAUGGAGAAAGGACUCUUGGUCAGACAUCCUCUCCGUGCAUUCACAUUCUCAGGAAAUUCAACAUGCCUUGGUGGAAACAAAGCCAGCCAAAUGUUUUAUCAUCAAAAUGUAGUAGAUUGAUAUGAUAACUUUAAUUCCUUAUGGCUCCCCAUAUGCACUGUUUGUUUAACAUCAUUUAAUAUCAGUGUUGUUGUGUGCCUUCAAGUCGUAUCUGAGUUACAGACUCUAAGGUGAAACUAUCACAGGCAGAAUUGGUUCAGAGUGGGUUUGUUAUGUCCUUUUUCUGAGGCUGAGAGACUCUGAUUUGCCCAAAGUAGGUUUCCACAGUCACAAAGGGAGUCAAACCCUGUUCUCCCAAAGUCCUAGUUCAACACAAACUAAUAUAUGCCCACAAUACAGGUUGAGCAUCCUUUAUUCCAAAAUCCGAAAUACUCCAAAAUCCAAAGGUCUCCAUAUGGGUGGUUGAGAUAAUGUCACCAUUGUUCUGGUUCAGCAUAUACAAACUUUGUUCCAUGUACAAAAUUAUUAAAAAUAUGGUACAGUAGAAUCUCACUUAUCCAACAUAAACAGGCCGGCAGAACAUUGGAUAAGUGAAUACGUUGGAUAAUAAGGAGGGAUUAAGGAAAAGCCUAUUAAACAUCAUAUUAGGUUAUGAUUUUACAAAUUAAGCACCAAAACAUCAUGUUAUUCAACAAAUUUGACAGAAAACGUAGUUCAAUACGCAGUAAUGUUAUGUAGUAAUUACUGUAUUUACAAAUUUAGCACCAAAAUAUCACAACAUUGACUACAGAAACAUUGACUACUAAAAGGUCGACUGCGUUGGAUAAUCCAGAAUGUUGGAUAAGUGAGACUCUACUGAACAUAAAAUCACACAAAUUACCUUCAUGCUGGGUGUAUUAUAUGAAACAGACAUACAUUCUGCAUUUAGACUUGGGUCUUGUUUCCAAAAUAUGACAUUAUAUACUUAUUAUUUAUUUACUUACUUACAGUAUUUAUAUUCCGCACUUCUUUCUCACCCCGAAGGGCACUCAGGGCGGAUCGCAAUGUACAUAUACAUGGCAAACAUUCAAUGCCAUAUGACAUACAACACACACAGACAGAGACACAGAGGCAGUUUUAACAUUUUCCAGCUUCUGGCUUCAUCAGGUUGUGCUCAAUUCUGGCCACAGGAGGAGCUGCUGCUUCAUCAUCCACUGUGACGCCGAGUCCUUGAUGGAGUGCUUCCUCAUCUUCCGGCAUGCAUGCUGCUGGACAUUUUUAUGGUGACAUAAAUUGGUUAAAUUAGCUUCCCUGCAUAAGCGGUUCCUAAAUUUCCUACUUGACAGAUGCAACUGUCUUUCGUGUUGCUUAGAUAAACAACAAGCUGGGGCUAUUUAAUGGUUGGGCACUCAAUCCGACCCGGGCUUCAAACUCAUGAACUCUCGGUCAGUAGUGAUUUAUUGCAGCUGGCUAGAAAAACUAGCUGCGCCACAGCCCGGGCUUAUACAACAACAAUCUUGUUAGUGCAUGCUAAUAAAGGCUGUUAUUGUUGUGCAUAUAUGCAAAUACAGGUGUUCCAAAAUCCAGAAACAAAUCCAAAGCACUUCUGGUUGCAAGCAUUUCAGAUAAGGGAUGUUCAACUUGUAUUGCCUUUCUCUGGAAGAGCUUUCAUCUAUCCUCCUCCCGCAUAACUACCACCUUCUCUCUUCUCUGUUGGAAGCCAGUGCGGACAUAAAAUAUGACAGUGGGUGGAUAUUUAACCUAUUCAAGUAACCGUGCAGCUGCACUUUUGCAUGUGUUCCAGUUAUUUCAUUUGCCAUCCCAUUUUGGUGUGAGGAUGAUAGGGUCUAACAAGGCUAGCUCAGGGAAAUUCCAAGGAGAUUGGCCUGGAAAAGGAUGAUCUCCAGAGCUUGUGAAUCGAGUUGGGCAGCAUCAAUGUAAGAGGCAACAGGACCUUGGACAGCUCCAAAGCAGCGGAGACAUUGUUCUGACAAGCAGCAGACAUGCAAUGUAUCUUGAUGACACUGUCAUAUCAAAACCCAAUCCUUAACUUAAACAUGGAGAGGAAAUGAAGACAGAGACCUGCCUUGGAUCCUGGUUGUCUUGAGGCAUAUACUCAGAGCUUAGAUAAGUUACUUUUGGAGACAGCAACACUCAAUUUUCCCUGGCCAAGUUGAGAGUGACAGUCUAAAAAAUGGAGUUCAAGGCAUUACAGUGUUCCCUCGCUACUUUGCAGUUCACUUUUCGCAUCCUCACUGUUUUGCGGGUUUUAAAUAAACACUAAAAUAAUAGUAUAAAUCAUAAAAUAAUAUUACUAUAUAUACUCGAAUAUAAGCCUAGUUUUUCAGCCCUUUUUUUAAGACUGAAAAAAAAAAACCCUCGGCUUAUACUCGGGUGAGGGUCCUGGUUGGCUUGUAUUAGGGUCAGCUUAUACUCGAGAAUAUUAAUUUAUAUGUAUUUAUUUAUUUAAUACAUUUAUAUCCUGCCCUUCUCACCCCAAAGGGGACUCAGAGCAGCUUACAAAUUAAAUUUACAUAGACUAUUAUAUUAUUAGCAUAGCACAAUACUGACAAUAAAUUACCAUAUGAUACAUUUAUUAUUUUUCUCUGUUAUUAUUACAUUUAUUAUUUUUCUCUAUUAUUGUUGCUACUAUUACAUUUGUUUUACUCUAUUUUUUAUUAUAAUAAUAAUAAUACAUUUAUUAUUUCACUCUGAUCCUAUAUUAUUAUUAUUGCAUUUAUUAUUUUACUCUAUUUGUUAUUACAGUAGGGUCUCACUUAUCCAAGCUAAAUGGGCCAGCAGAAGCUUGGAUAAACGAAUAUCUUGGAUAAUAAGGAGGGAUUAAGGAAAAGCCUAUUAAACAUCAAAUUAGGUUAUGAUUUUACAAAUUAAGCACCAAAACAUCAUGUUAUACAACAAAUUUGACAGAAAAAGUAGUUCAAUACGCAGUAAUGUUAUGUUGUAAUUACUGUAUUUAUGAAUUUAGCACCAAAAUAUCAUGAUAUAUUGAGAACAUUGACUACAAAAAUGGCUUGGAUAAUCCAGAGGCUUGCGUAAGUGAGACUCUACUGUACUUGUAUUAUUUCCCUGCAUUUUUAUUAUUAUUAUUAUUAUUACAUGUAUUAUUUUACUCUAUUAUUAUUAAAAGGAUACAUAAGCACAUUUACAUUGAAGAAGAUGAGAAUGAUUGGAUCAGAGUUGGAUAGUCUUAUCUUAAAUUUGAGCUUUAUGUAAAUAUUCAAAAACAUUUAAACUACUCAUGCCUCCAUUAAUGUAAUUUUAUUGGUAUCUAUUUUUAUUUCUGAAAUUUACCACUCUCGACUUACACUGGGCGAGCAAGAGAAGACUUUGUCUAUUUAGGAUUGCAAUGGACUGCAGAGUCUCAGUAAAAGUUCAAAAAGUAUUUAUUCAGGUAAAAAGAACCCCAUUGUAGAUAGAAAGGCUUGGGAGCUGUCUAGUCUACUCUAGACUGGUUUCUAAGGAAAAAUAAGAAAGGAAAAAUAACAAACAUCUAAAUAGUUACAUCUUGCCAGGAGGGAUGGCGAGACGUGUUGUUAGCUAGAAGAACAAAGGGAGAAGAGACUGAACCAAAAUGAUCCAGUUGAUUGGGGCCAUAAAAGACAUUCUGACCAAUGAGAAAUUCGUGUCCCUAAAGAUUCACAUUUCUACUAACUUCAAAGUAAGGGAUGUGACGUAAACAGGAUAGAGGGAAAUACAGUAAAGCCCAGUUCUAUUGUGUUCUAGCGUAUUGUUAUUGCUUGUGGUUUAUACUGUUUUAAUUGUUUUAAUUUGCCUUUUGUUUUGUAUUGCUACAUUGUGUGUUGAGGCCUUGGCCUUUGUAAGCCGCAUCGAGUCCUUCGGGAGAUGCUAGCGGGGUACAAAUAAAGUUUAAUAAUAAUAAUAAUAAUAAUAAUAAUAAUAAUAAUAAUAAUAUCUAGGCAUGCUUUGGAAACAGGGAAAGGAUUCCCUCAGUCUAACUCUAUCAUCUAUCUAACUACAUUUAGACUUGAGUAGUCCAGGGUGAUUCCCAACACAGAGUUAGACUCUCCAUUUAUCCAUGGAAACCCAUUGGGUGACCUCAGGAAAGCCAUACUCUCUCAGCCUCAGAGAGUUCAGAUUUGGCAGUCCAACUUAUGAAUGUGUUGACUUUGAGGUGCAUCUUUGGGUGCCUGGUCUCAGGAUCAGGGCCCAGCGCUUCUUCAUGAAGGGCUUUGAUGGGAUGUUUCCUCCUUCCGAAUGCUUUUCACAUCCAUCCUUGGGACCUCCUCAGCUUCUGUUCCCUUCUUUAUGGCCACCCAGGAGUGACAUUCCCCAUUUUAGCAAAAGCAGACCUCUAGAAACCCGUUCUCUCCAACAAAUCCCUGAGUUGGGUCUGGGCGGCAAUCUUGCCAAACCUCAUGUACAUAUUCGGUGCGGUCGUCCGGUUGUGGUUGUCGCCAUACUCUUCCUUCCGAACCACAGACAGCAUGCCAGUCCUGCAUUUCCCUUUUGCUUUGUUGAGAAAGACAAUUGUGUUGAGAGUUAGUAUAUCCUUAUUUCGGAUGCCAUGUUUCAUGAUUAGGUUAUGAUUUCGUUUUGCUUUAGCCUGUUUAACCAGGAGCAGCAACCACCUGGAAAUGGACUGAGAAAUCCAAUGUGAUUACGUUACGGAAAACAGGAGAGAGACCUAAAUUCUGAAACGAAACAACAAAAGCCGUGUCUGUAAAUAAGUACUUGUUCCGAUUUAGACCCCCUUCCCCUUAGAACUUUUGUAACGACGACAACAAAGACGAAGAUGUCCCAGCGUUAUGUUUACCUGAUUUAUUGAAUGGGUGCUAAUCUCGCGUUCAUGCUCUUCGGUUUCUUUCGGCCGCGGAGGAGAGCGCUUGCGGGGCAGCGUGGAUCUCCUUGCGGCCCCGGUUUCCCAGGGGCUUUGGUGGCCGGGCCACGACAGCCUCCAUCGCCAUCGCUUCCUUCUGGUGUGUCCCCAUCACACGUAGAGUAGACCCCUUGUGAACCGUGACCUGCCUUUCCUGGCAACGUGGUGCGACCCUUAGCUGCAGAGCGACUCCCUUCGGGCCCAAAGGGUUUCUGUAACGCUGUUCUAAUAAAAAGAAAAUACUUUA